AAUUUAAUCCUUAGAACCCAAUGUUCCAACUUCCAAGCAUGAAUCUCCUCGAUCGGAAAUUUCCAAAAUUGGUCAACGGCCGAUUACGCGUAUUUUGUUUUCUCUAAGUCAAUGAUGAUUUCGACGGUCCGAGAUUCUUUUACUGGGUUUCAAAACCUUUCUAAUUACUUUGCUUUUAGUCAUAGAAGUGGAAAAUGGAACAAGGAUCGUCCCGUGGCUUUAUUUGGCUGAUUCUAUUUCUCGAUUUGGUUCUCAGAGUCACCGGAAACACACAAGUUGAUGCUCUAUCUGCUCUAAGAGUCAGUUUAUCUGACCCUAACAAUGUACUUCAAAGCUGGAAUGUCACUCAUGUUACUCCAUGUUCAUGGGUUUAUAUAACUUGCAAUAGUGAAAACAGUGUUACUCGUGUUGACCUGGGAAAUGUUAAUCUAUCUGGAGAACUGGUGCCACAGCUUGGUCAGCUUCCAAACUUGCAGUACUUGGAGCUUUAUAGCAAUAACAUUACUGGGGAGAUACCUGAGGAGCUUGGCAACUUGAUGGAACUAGUAAGCUUGGAUCUUUACGCGAACAGCAUAAGUGGUCCCAUCCCUUCGUCUCUUGGCAAACUAGGAAAACUCCGGUUCUUGCGUCUUAAUAACAACAGCUUAUCUGGAGAAAUUCCAAGGUCUUUGACUGCUGUGCCACUGCAGGAUCUGGAUGUCUCAAACAAUCGGCUCAGUGGAGAUAUUCCUGUAAAUGGUUCUUUUUCGCAGUUCACUUCUAUUAGUUUUGCCAAUAAUAAUUUAAGGCCGCGACCUGCAUCUUCACCACCAUCACCUUCAGGAAUGACUGCAGCAAUAGCAGGGGGAGUUGUUGCAGGUGCGGCACUUCUAUUUGCGCUUGCUUGGUGGAUGAAAAGAAAACUGCAGGAUCACUUUUUUGAUGUACCUGUUGAGGAAGAUCCAGAGGUUCAUUUAGGACAAUUUAAAAGGUUUUCCUUGCGUGAACUGCUAGUUGCUACAGAGAAAUUUAGCAAAAGAAAUGUAUUGGGUGAAGGACGUUUUGGUAAAGUGUAUAAAGGACGUUUAGCCGAUGGCUCUCUAGUGGCUGUGAAAAGGCUAAGAGAAGAAUGUACCAAGGGUAGGAAACUGCAGUUCCAAACUGAGGUUGAGAUGAUCAGUAUGGCCGUUCAUAGGAACUUGCUUCGGCUUCAUGGUUUUUGCAUGACUCCAACUGAAAGAUUACUUGUUUAUCCCUACAUGGCUAAUGGAAGUGUUGCUUCUUGUUUAAAAGAACGUCCUGAAGGCAAUCCACCACUUGAUUGGGCAAAAAGAAAGAAUAUUGCUUUGGGAUCAGCAAGGGGGCUCGCGUAUCUACAUGAUCAUGGCAACCAAAAAAUCAUUCACCGGGACGUGAAAGCUGCGAAUAUAUUGUUAGAUGAAGAGUUUGAAGCUGUUGUUGGAGAUUUUGGGCUCGCAAAAUUAAUGAAUUAUAACGACUCCCAUGUGACAACUGCGGUACGCGGUACAUUUGGCCAUAUAGCUCCUGAGUACUUUUCGACAGGAAAAUCUUCUGAGAAAACUGAUGUUUUUGGAUACGGGGUCAUGCUUCUCGAGAUCAUCACUGGACAGAAAGCUUUCGAUCUUGCUCGGCUUGCAAAUGAUGAUGAUAUCAUGUUACUCGACUGGGUGAAAGAGGUUUUGAAAGAGAAGAAGUUGGAUAGACUUGUGGACGCAGAACUCGAAGGAAAGUACGUGGAAACAGAAGUGGAGCAGCUGAUUCAAAUGGCUCUGCUCUGCACUCAAAGUUCUGCGAUGGAACGUCCCAAGAUGUCAGAAGUAGUGAGAAUGCUGGAAGGAGAUGGUUUAGCUGAGCGAUGGGAAGACUGGCAAAAGGAGGAGAUGCCAAUACAUGAUUUUAAUUAUCAAGCCUAUCCUCAUGCUGGCACUGACUGGCUCAUCCCCUAUUCCAAUUCCCUUAUCGAAAACGAUUACCCCUCAGGUCCAAGAUAACCUUUAAGAAAGGGUCAUUUCAUGUGGGUUCUUCAACAAGUAUAUAUAUAUAUAGAUUGGUGAAGUUGUAAGAAGUCAAAAACCCACAUUCACCUUUGAAUAUGAAUACUCCAAUACUAAUCAGCUGUACCAUAGUUUCUUUCCACUUUCAUUAAGCAAUAUGUUUACAAACCAAGAAAAACUAUGCUUAAA